AUGCGUAUGCAGAGUUGCGGACCGGAUACAUGCGCCAUGGACGCAAGAUGGAGCUGGAACAACCGAAGAGGGCUCCACGGACAAAUCUACAAAGGAUAUCGAGGUCAAUCCCACCCGGCCAUCGGAGAUCCUAGUAGCCUCGCCACCGAAGCAGACUGCUGGAUCUCUCUGAAAGUUGUGACCAUGAUGCAGUACCUGGACUUCUCCCAGGCCAGCACCUCCAAGAAGUGGACGGCCAACAGCAGCAAGAGGCAGCCGGGCCAAGGGUUCGAUGCUCCGAGGAACAGCAUGGAGUUCGCCAUGGAGGCGCCCCACAGCUACGGCGUCUUCCAAGAGGACGUCCCGUACUCUUGCAACAGCAUGAGGCAGUACCCAAAAUCAUCCUCGGCCCCAAUCAAGAAGCUGAUCCAUGAGGACGCGUCCUUCAGGCCGAACGAAGGCCACAAGAGAGUGCCCAGCGUCAUCGCCAGGUUGAUGGGCAUGGACUCGCCGCCGAUGAACUCCGAGCUCACCACCCACCUGGAUGAUGCUAGGCAGGAGAUGGUCGUCGCGAGGCCGGUGCCGACCAAGCAUGUCUCCUUCGCGCAGCAGAAGAAUCCUGUCCGGCAUACGGCGAAACAGGAAGUUUACACCUUCGACGACGCCGGCGACGACGAGAGGGACAUUCUUGCUCAGCUGACCAAGAGGAGCAAUGGUGGUGGAGGUGGUGGUGAUGGGUGGAGCAAGCCGGUGCCGCGGGAGCACCCACAGGAGGAGGAGCUGCAGAAGUUCAAGAAGGACUUCGCGGCGUGGCAGGCCAGCAAGGUUUGGGAGCAGUCGAGGGCUCUGGAGCUGGACAGCCGGCAUAAUGUCGGCCACGACGAAGACGACAGGUGCUCGGAGAUCGUACCCUACAGGUACCACCAGAAGGAUCGCAAAGGGAGAGAUGGCAGGCACGGCAAUGACGCGCAUUCGAGAAGAAGAGGCAAGGAGGGCGGCGGCGCGUCCAUCUCCGGCAGCCGGACGUUCUCUCUGACGAGCGCGGACGACGGUUCUUCCGCGAGGCUGCCGCUCUCGAGAUUCUAUUACGAGGAGGAGGAGAAGCCGCUGUCGCCGACGAGGAUCGUGAUCCUGAAGCCCUGCCCGGAGCUGAGCGCCGACGACGUCGACGAGUCGUCGCUGGGCUCGCCGGAGCUGAUGAAGAACGAGAACAACAUGGAGGCGUUCCUGGAGGAGGUGAAGAUGCGGCUCAAGAUCGAGCUCGAAGGGCACUUGGCCCCCGACGACAGGGCGGCCGAACGGUGGCCCGACGUCCCCGCCGACCCGAAGCAGAUCGCGCGGAACAUCGCCGACCAGAUCAGGGAGAGCGUCACCAAGGAAAUGCACCACCCGGCGCUGCUACGCUCGGAGUCGACGCGGUCGUACCGCAGCAGCGACGUGCAGAGCCAGAUGGACUACAUAUGCAGAGACGCAAGGAAGCAGCUCUCCGACCGGCUGAGGAACGUGCUCAGGAGGGAGCCGGAGGCAGACCAGCCGCCGCCGUUCGGCUCUCAGCGGAGACGGCCGGCCGCCUCGACGCCGUCGUCUUCGCCGUGGGACGAAGAGCCGCGGCCGAAGCCGACGAGUCCGCGGCGCGACGUGGCGAGGAAGGGCGACAAGAAAAUCAGGAGCAAGGAGGAGAAGAAGCGCGCGAUCGAGUCAUCCGAAGUCCGGUCCUUCAGACAUGGGUGGUACAAGAACUCCGCUACGGCGGCGGUCGUCGACUCCUCCGACGACGCGGCCUCGCCGAGGAACCUGAUGAGGUCGUUCUCGGCGCCGGUGUCCGGGAACUUCGCGAAGUUCCUUUCGGAGGGGGAGCCAAAGGUGCUCGCCGGAGCGCGGGUGCAGCUGAAGCACGAGGGACAUGGGGACUACUACGGCGGGCGGCCGUCGCCGGAGGAGGAAAGGCAGCCGAAAGGGAGGAAGGAUGCGUUCGGCAUCAAGGGGAAGGUGUCCAACCUGCGGCAGAACCUCGGGCUUAGAGCGAAGCUGUUCGGCAAGAAGCUCCACUCCGCCGCCGCCGACGAGUCGUCGUCAUCGUUCUUCCUCGACGACUUCCCGCCGAUGGGCACGCUGGUCACCGCCCCCUCCGUCCUCAUCCACCCCGGCGUCCUGCAGGAGAACUCCACCGAGGUGCCGCCGAGCCCGGCGUCGUGGUGCAGCAGCCCGCCAGAUGAAUUGAUGAUCCGGGGAGGUUACCCGAGCCCCGUCUCGCCGUUGGAGGCUUCCUUCGGUGAGCACCGGUCCCCGUUGAAGCCGGCGGCGAGCUCAAGUGCUUCUGAACCAGGCAAUUCAUGCCUGGAGCAAGAUCAAGCUGAAGAAAUCCCACAAGCAAGUUCAGCAGUCCAGGACGAUGACGACGACGACACGGCCGAGAUGGAUCACCCGACAAAAGCUUUCAUCAGAGCCGUCCUCGUCGUGGCCGGCAUGUACGGCCAGAACUCCGGCGAUCACCUCUCAUUAACCUGCCAACCGAUCAAGCCGAUCCCCAAGUGGGCGUUCGAGCAAGUCAUCUGCUCGACACCACCUCCGGAAGCCGCUUCCGUCCAUGACGUCGACCACCGCCUCCUCUUCGACCUGAUAAACGAGGCGCUGCCCGGAGCCGCCCGCGGCUCGACGACACUGUGCGUGUUCAGCAAGUGGUACGCGGCGCCACCGAGAAGAGCGUCGGCGGACAAGAGGCUGCUCGACGGGCUGUGGAGAUCCGUGCAGACGUGGCUGGAGCCGCCGAGCGUCGACGACGACGCCUACUCGGUGGACGGGCUCAUCGGCCGCGACAUGGGCGUGUCCCCCUGGAGCGGCGUGUUCCGCGACGACGUCGACGGGAUAGCCGAGGAGAUGGAGGCGGAGAUCCUGUCGGAGCUGGUCGACGAGACGCUGUGGGACGUGCUGCUCAACGUAGGGGACUGA